ACUUCGAUCUGGUCGGCAAUAACUUCCCAGUAUUCUUUAUUCGCGAUGGAAUCAAGUUCCCGGACAUGGUUCACGCUCUCAAACCAAAUCCAAAGUCCCACAUCCAGGAAAACUGGCGGAUCCUCGACUUCUUCUCCCACCACCCUGAGAGCUUGCACAUGUUCACCUUCCUCUUUGACGAUGUUGGUGUUCCCGCCGACUACCGUCACAUGGACGGCUCCGGCGUAAACACCUACACGCUCGUCAACAGCACCAGGAAAGCUCGUUACGUGAAGUUCCAUUGGCGGCCUACUUGCGGAGUCCAGAACUUGUUAGACGAGGAGGCCAUAAUCGUCGGAGGAAAAAACCACAGCCAUGCCACCAAGGAUCUUUACGAUUCGAUCGCCGCCGGAAAUUAUCCGGAGUGGAAGCUAUUCAUCCAGACAAUUGAUCCGGACCAUGAAGAAAGAUUUGAUUUUGAUCCACUGGAUGUCACCCAAACAUGGCCGGAGGAUGUUGUCCCUCUCCAGCCGGUUGGCCGUUUAGUUUUGAAUAAGAACAUCGAUAACUUCUUUGCGGAGAACGAACAGCUUGCCUUCUGUCCGGCCAUCGUGGUUCCCGGAAUCCAUUACUCCGACGAUAAGCUGCUUCAGACGAGAAUUUUUUCGUAUGCCGACACGCAAAGGCACCGUCUUGGGCCGAACUACUUGAUGCUUCCGGCGAAUGCACCGAAGACUGCUCAUCAUAAUAAUCAUCAUGAAGGUUUCAUGAAUUUCAUGCACAGAGAUGAAGAGGUAAACUACUUUCCUUCAAGGUAUGAUCCUGUUGGACAUGCUGAGAAGUUCCCAAUCCCACAAACUAUUCUUACUGGAAAGCGGGAGAAGUGUGUGAUUAGCAAGGAGAACAAUUUCAAGCAACCAGGAGAGAGAUAUCGAUCCUUCGACCCUGCCAGGCAAGAGAGGUUCAUCUGUAGAUGGGUUGAUGCUCUUUCUGAACCCCGAGUCACUCACGAAAUUCGCAGCAUCUGGAUCUCAUAUUGGACUCAGUGUGAUAAAUCUCUUGGACAGAAGAUUGCUAGCCGACUUAACAUGAAGCCAAAUAUGUGAAACACAGAGAGUAUAAUAUGUUGAAAUUGAAAUGAGGUGGCUCAAAAUGAGGGUGCAUUUGGGGUGGCGGU